CACGUGACGCCCGGCCCGGAAGCGCUCGCUCCCGAGACCCCCGGGUGACGGGGUCGGUAUCUGCCUUCUGGAGGGACCAGGAGGGUCGCGGGGGUCCCUGCAGUUUUCCGCUCCCCGCAUCCGCCGCCAUGGCCUGGACCAAGUACCAGCUGUUCCUGGCCGGGCUCAUGCUUGUCACCGGCUCCAUCAACACGCUCUCGGCCAAGUGGGCAGACAACUUCAUGGCCCCGGGCUGUGGAGGGAGCAAGGAGCACAGCUUCCAGCAUCCCUUCCUCCAGGCAGUGGGCAUGUUCCUGGGGGAGUUCUCCUGCCUGGCGGCCUUCUUCCUGCUUCGGUGCAGAGCAGCGAGGCACCCAGAUGCCAGCAUGGAUCCCCAGCAGCCCUUUAAUCCCCUUCUUUUCCUGCCCCCUGCCCUGUGCGACAUGACGGGGACCAGCAUCAUGUAUGUGGCCCUGAACAUGACAAGUGCCUCCAGCUUCCAGAUGCUUCGGGGUGCGGUGAUCAUAUUCACGGGCCUCUUCUCGGUGGCCUUCCUGGGACGGAGGCUGGCGCUGAGCCAGUGGCUGGGCAUCCUUGCCACCAUCGCGGGACUGGUGGUCGUGGGCCUGGCCGACCUCCUGAGCAAGCACGACGAUCAGCACAAGCUCAGUGAAGUGAUCACAGGGGACCUAUUGAUCAUCAUGGCCCAGAUCAUCGUCUCCAUCCAGAUGGUGCUCGAGGAGAAGUUCGUCUACAGGCAUAACGUGCACCCGCUGCGGGCAGUUGGCACUGAAGGCCUCUUCGGCUUCGUGAUACUGUCCCUGCUGCUGGUGCCCAUGUACUACAUCCCGGCGGGCUCCUUCAGUGGAAACCCCCGCGGGACGCUGGAGGACGUGCUGGACGCCUUCUGCCAGGUGGGUCGACAGCCACUCAUCGCCCUGGCGUUGCUGGGCAACAUCAGCAGCAUCGCCUUCUUCAACUUUGCGGGUAUCAGUGUCACCAAGGAGCUGAGCGCCACUACCCGCAUGGUGCUGGACAGUCUGCGGACCAUUGUCAUCUGGGCCCUGAGUCUGGUGCUGGGCUGGGAGGCCUUCCACCCCCUGCAGAUCCUGGGCUUCCUCAUCCUCCUGAUGGGCACCGCGCUCUACAAUGGGCUGCACCGCCCGCUGCUGAGCCGCCUGGCCAGGGGCCGGCCCCCCGCAGAGGAGGGCGAGCACGAGAGACUGCUCGGCGGCUCCCGGACUCCCAUCAACGAUGCCAGCUGAGCCUCGCGCAGGUUCUCCGCUGCUACCUGGAUGCGCCUUGUCCACCCUGAGGCCAAGGCUGCCCGGGCUGGUGAGCCUCCAGUGGCCUGUCCCCGAGGCCUCACCCUCUCCUCCCCACAGACCCCCCCCCCAAGGGCAGCUGCUACCCCAAGAGAUGACCAGACACCCAGGUCCUCCUUGAUCACCACCCCCUGUGCCGCCCACACAGGCCUGAGUACGGUGACCUACCCCUGCCAGGCUCCCCCCAAGCCCCUCCUGCAACACAAGCACUAAAUCAUGAAGUGGAAUUGCAGGAACUAACAACCCUAAGAUUUUCUCCUAAAUCAUAAGCUAAAUUUGGUUCUCCAGAGAAGAGAGGUCAGUGAACACAUUCAAACCAGAACUUGGCGCCGUGUUUUCUAGAACCUAUAGGCUAUUUGCUAACCCUGCCAUGGAGACCUAAGUUUUAGCUGGACUGUGCCACAAACUCGGCGUAUGUCCCCCAGCCCAUUACCUAGUGGCCCUGGGCCUUGGGGUCCUCGUCUGUAAAACAGAAGGUGCAGCUGCUGUGGCUCCGGUGCCUUCCAGCCUCAGCCGGGCCCAUCCUCUGGGAAAGGAGGAGCACCUUCUUUGGAAAUGCUCCUCUGCUCAUGGUGCCUCCUCCCCAUGCCAGUGCUGGCGUCCUUGCUCCCACACUCUCAAGGCCUCCCUGCCCGGGGCGGGGGGGAGGGGGAUGAUGGGGAAUUCCAAGCAGCCCUUAAUAGCAGCUUUUACGAACUCUUCACCUUCCAUUUUAAAGAUGAGAAGACUGAGGCCCAGAGAUGUAAGUGGUUUUGCAAGAAGGCUCUCCUGCUGUAGACUCCGGCCAGGCCCUUGGGAUCCAGAGCCCAUCUGGACCUCAACCCUACCCCCAGCAACCCGACUCCACAGAUAUCCCUCCAGGGUGACGAAUUUACUAGCACUGCGCCAUUUAGAGUAAUUCUGGUGUCCUGGGCAUGUGUUAAGUGCUCAGCGGUAAUCCUUCGGUGUAACAAGCUGCACGGGUGGGUGCAGAUGAGGAAGCCACGGCCCAGAGGUGCUUCACGGACUUCUUCACAGAGCCUGCAGUCCCAGCUAGGUUUGCCUGAUUCCAGACCUACAGCCCCACCCACCUUACAGGUCUCUCUGGGGUCUUUGGAGUAAAUUUUCCAUGGCCAGAAUGAAAGCUUCAUGUGCUGUUGCUGUUGUCCGCCCCCCAACCCCUGAAGAGAGGGGACUGGCAUUGGGGACCCCAGGGAGCAGAGCAGCCCUUCCUUGUGGAGUUCCUCACUCCGUGGCAGUUUCUGGAGCCUCAGACCAUUUUUCUGGGCAGCUCCAUCAUAAAACAAAACACCGAAUGCCUUCCUUAAAAUAGAUCCUGGGGGAAGGGCUCUUUGACAACGCAAAGCCCUCAGGCUGUGUGGGAAUCAGCAGGUUAUUAGAUUGUUGGGAGGGGAGGGCCACUCGCUGCCACCAGCUCCAAGUCCCCAGGGGCCCCAGAACUUCUGUGGGCCACAGUGUGCACCCCAGAAGGAAAUGGGGGGUGAGCCUGGUGGGGACUCCAGCUUCCUUGUCCAAAAUAACUGGGGCCUUACGAUGGCAUUUGAGGCUCUAUUUUUAAAAACAAAAGGGAAAUUGACACACUGUCAAUUUUUUUUUUUUUAAUGAGAGGGAAGGAGCACAAUGGUUAAAUAUCAGGCCUGACCCCAAAUCAGGCAAAUCACUUUACUUCUGGAUCUUUGGGUCUUCACAUCUCUAAAAUGGGGAGGCUGGCCCUCCAUCUUGUGGGAUGAGUGUGAAAAUCACAUAAAAUAAUAAACUGAAGGUGCCCGUAAACACCCACAUGGCAGAAUGUCAUGUCGGGUUCACACUGCCCUCUGGGGUGGCCUGCUGGGGGCACAGGAGUCCCAGCAGAGGCCCAGCACGGAGCAUCAGUUCUCCAAGGGGAAGAAAUGUCUUAUUAAAAUACACCAUCAUGGAAAAAAAAAUACACCGUCAUUGAGGAGAAUGUAAAAUUCCCAUCUAUUUUAAGACAAAACAAGAUCCCUCAAGAACACUUCAUGCCCACAGUAGGUGCCCUCCCAGGCCCUGGAGAUGCGUUCCCUCUCUCCGACCACUCAAGGCUGACUUCUCCUCUGGAGGGUGAGUCAAGAGGCCUUGAGGUCAUGUGGGCGGGAGGGUAAGGACCACCCCUCUCUCACUGAGGCUGAAGGGUUGUGGGGAAUGUUUUUCAGUGGAGUAAGGGGGUUCGGAAUGGCGGAAGUUUGGUUGGAGGUUCCGAACCCCAAAAUCAGGACUGAUAACAGUCUUCUGUAAACACCAUUUGGAAGACUGUAAUUUAAACUAUGUGCAUCAUAGCGGACCAGUCAGUCCCUGCCCCCUGCAAAAAGGUCUUGGGGGGGCGGGGGGGGGCUAGGGCAGGGCUGCCUGCAGAACUGCCAUCCAGAACCUGGGGUAGCCCUCGGGCUCCUCCACCAGGAAUCUGCCCACAAGGCAGAGAGAUUUAGCAGCAGACCAAGUGGUUCCAAUUGCCUUUACUUUGUCCAAAGGUCUCUGCUUAACAAACAGCACUCAGAGAGGUCAGAGCUCUGACCCCCGCUGAGGACAAUAGGAGGAGUGGAGCAAAGGGCCACCUGGUGUAGAGAAAAGAAGCAGAAGUCAGAGAGCUUCGACUUUGGGUGACCUUGGACAAGUCAUGUUACCUCUCAAGGCCUUAGCAACCUAUAAAAAGAAGAGGUUCUCCGCAUUACUGAAUACAUAUACCUCCCUGACCCACUUACAGAUUAACCUCAUGCUUUCAUAUUUGCCUUAGUUAAAAGCCCCUUUGGCCUUUUGUUGACUACAUCCUUUCAAAACUUAAGGUCAGCAGGGAAUUUCCCCUAGAUAUAGAAGUUUAUAAAUCACCCAUCUUCAUUAGGAACGCUUGUCAAAAAACCUUCAGUAGAGGACUACUCUCCCAGAAUUCAGCCAACUGUAUUGAGAACGGAUGUGCUCCGAGGGCUGUGGAUCCAGGAAAGAAAAACAGGAGACAAAUGUGUAAAGAAAGAAUUCCAGCACAGUGUGAUGUGCAUAAGGGGCCUUUGUAUGAGAUACAAAGGAAGCCGUACAGGAGCGAUUAGCUAACUCAGCCUAGAAUGCCCAGAGAGCUCCACUCAAGAGCUGAGUGUUAAAGAACGGGCAAGAGUCUCCCUGGCCGGGAGCUUGUGGAAAGCUCAGAAACGUGUAAGUGAUGUAUUCAAGAACCGCAGAUAAGUAGACAGGUAUGCCUGGAAAUAAGCAUGCAAUGCUAAAAGUGGCCAGAGACAGGUCAAAGAGGUGGGCAGGCGCCCACAUGGUGCUGUACCUUUUAGAUUUUGCGGUGGCAUGAGUUGACAACUCUGUAGACCUAGAGUACCCUGGGGGAGUUUUAGGCAAGGGAGUGAUAGGAUCCAAAUUGCUGUUUGGAAAGAUCACUAAAGGCAGAGACCAGUAAAACAACGCAAUUGAUUAGAGUCUGAACUAGAGAAAUAUUGAAUAAAUACAAGAGCCUUUCAAGGAGUCGGCUUAUAUUUUAGAGCCCCUAGCUGUCAGAUCUUAACAUUGCGUAGGCCUCCACCAAAGAAUGGAUCUCCUGGACCAGACUGCUCACCCCACCCUCCAUCACGGUGGACACACAGAGUAUCCCCAAGUAUAGCUGCUUCCCUUUUUUUCCCCUUCCUUUGCCCUUUCCCCCCUCUUCUUAAAAAUCAUAAAAUGCACACAACAAAACACCAUUUUGAUUAUCAGUGAAAUUGAAUUCUCCUUGCUAUGCAGUGGUAACCACUAUCCAUCCCCAGAACUUUAUCUUCCCAAACUGAGAGUCUGUACCCAUUCAACACUAAUUCUCUGUUCCUCCUUUCCCUUGAGCCUCUGACAACCACCACCCUUCUUUCUAUCUAUGAAUUUGACCACUGUAAUGUACCUAAUGUAAGUGGAAUCAAACAGUAGUUCUCCUCAUGUGUCUGUUGUAUUUUGCUUACCCCAAUGCCUUCAAUACCCCAAUUCACGUUGUAAUGUGUCAGAAUUUACUUUCUUUUUAAGGCUGAAUAGUAUCUCAUUUUAUGUAUGCACUACAUUUUGUUUAUCUGUUCAUCCGUUUGGACAUUUUGGGCUAUUGUGAGUUAACAUCGAUGUGAGCAUUAGUGUACAAAUACCAGCUCAAGUCCCUGCCUUUAAUUCCUUUGAGUGUAUACCCAGAAGUGGAAUUUCUGGGUCAUACGGUAAUUCUACAUUUAAUUUUUUUUUGGUUAAUCAACAUACUAUUUUCCACUCUGGAUGCACCAGGGAACAAGGCUUGCGUGAAAUCGCUGAUUUUGUAAUGACGUUUUCCCUAAGAUACGUUAACUGGAAAACAUU